UAGCACAUAUCCUUCCUUCCCUUACUGUAGCAGAAGAAAGCAUAUAAAAGAAGUGAGCAUCAAUUUCUCCCAUCAUUCGGUAUUUUCGUGGUUUUAGUGUUCAAUAAUUUCCAAGGGAUCCCGGAAAAAUGGUCGCUUUUAAGUUAAUGGUCUUAUUUGUGCUGACCAUGGGAUCAACGGCCAAGGUGGUGUACCAGGAGGAAGACGCCAAUGCUCUUCAAUACGAAACUCCUCAACAGCACGAGCACGAGGAGGACCACAUCGUUGAUUACUACGCUCCUCCCAAGUACACGUUCAAGUACGGCGUCAGUGAUUAUCAUACCGGGGACAUCAAGAGUCAGCAGGAGAGUCGCGACGGUGAUGUGGUCAAAGGCCAAUACUCCGUGGUGGAACCCGAUGGUUCUGUAAGGACGGUGGAGUACACGGCGGAUAAGCACAAUGGGUUCAAUGCUGUGGUGCAUAAAACGGCACCACAGCACCACCACCAACAACAGUACCAGGAGGAGGAGGAGGAGGAGGAGGCACCCCAAGAACAUUAUUAAAGAUUUAACUAAGUUUGGAAGUUAAGUAUUUAUUGUUUUUUUUUGUUAUAAUUUUAUACAUUGUUCAAUAAAAAAUGUUUUUUUUUA